AUGUCCAACACGGAGUAUUUAUCCAAGGAUAUUCUUGAAGACCAGUAUAUCCGAUCGUUUUCUCCGUUUCAUUACAUCGAAGUAGCUUUAGGCACAAGUCGUAUCCAUUUACGGAACAGAUUUGUCACCAGCCCGACUUUAUCUCAAAAAGUAUAUUCUCUCGUUUGCGCUGUGUUGACUUGCGCUCUCCACAUCUAUGUGACAAUUACGUACUUCGAAAAAUAUUAUAAAUAUCCGAUAAUUUACUACACUUUCGUAUCUCUAGCUAGUAUGCACUUUUUGACGUUCGCCUGCAAUAUUAUACAUCUAAGAUUUUUCAAUACUAUAGAAAAUCAGGAAUUUUACGUCCAAAUGCAACAGUUAGACAGGUUGUUGAAGGUACAUGAUUGUUUAAAUAACAUGCAGUAUUUAUACAAUAUUUACACAGUGGUUGCAUCUACUCUGAUUUUGUUUAUCACCUUUAUCUGUGGCGUAUUUCUGCAUUAUCUAUUAGCAAUUGGUUUUAUCGGAGUUAUUUAUGGAGUCCUAUGUUGUGCCCUCGAAUGGAUGCAUUGCGCAAGCUUGUUGAUAUAUUUCUAUUUGCGUAUACGUUAUAUAAACGCGAUAAUAUCAAAUCAUUUAGAAGGGAAAUUGGUUUUGACUGAAAUAAAACACUUUCGAUUACCCAGAAGAAGUUUGUUGCGACAUUUAGCAUCGUCGGUGCAUGAUUUUGAAUCAAGUCCCGUGGAUUUGUAUGUAGAGGCAUUGUUUGACGCGUACUCUACUUUUCAGAAUCUAUACAGAUUUCAGCUCCUAUUGUUUGUCGGCAACUUCUUUAUACAUUGUCUUCUGAGUUUCUUUGUUGAAAUACUGUCAGCGCAGAAAGGGUUGAUUAACAGAGAAACAUGGAUGGAGUUCACGGACAUGCCAGCUAUUUCAUUGAUAUCCAUGCUUACAGCCACAGCAAUCAGCAUACGUUGUGAACUAUUUCUUCGCGAAGUAAUGCGUACCAGGCGACUUUGUGUAAACGUACUUGCAAGACAUUAUGAUGGUGUGAUACGAGAUAAGGCAAAGAGAAUUCUGCGCACACUUGACGCACGCCCGCCAUCACUAAGUGUAUAUGAUAUGUGGCAUAUGCAUGCUGGUACUUUGCCAGCGGUUACCAACAUAUUAACUACACUUAUGGUCGCUAUUCUUCAAUUUGUCUUAUUGUAGGGCACUAGCAGUAUGAAUUAUAUUUAUACUACCAACUACUUUUCAAGUAUAGUUGUAAGUCUUUUCCCCUUUUUGGUCUUUUUGAAUUAAAUAUUUUCUAGUGAAUAUAGUCGUCUUUGGUACACGCGAGCACUAUGCAUUUAAAUAAAACUUUUGUGACAUAUAAAUAUGCAAUUAUAUAGAUAUUAAGAGGGCUCGCGAGUGCGUUGACGGCCUUUUAAGAAUUUGUACGCUCUUUUCUUGAAGGAGAACCCCUUUCUCAACCCUGAGAAGCUGUGAUUAGAACGUCGUGUGUUCUGUGCACCAAUUGUUUUUUCCUGUGUGCGCAUUUACAAUA